UAUUUUUUUCAUCCACGUAUAGGUUAGGGUUGACGACGCAAAAAUGUAUCUGCGCGCACAAUUUAGUUAAAAAUUUUCUACGUCACUUUACGAAGUCGAAUCGUACGGCGUAUUAAAAUACGCUAAAAUAAAUAACGAGUGAGAAAGAAUUCUCUGCGUUUGAAAUAGUCUAAUUUCGCGAAAUACAUCAUCUGACAAGCACGAGAUUACAUUUAUUGCAUAUCUGCUGCAUCUUUGACAUAUAACCUAUACACUUUUUCCUCUACAUUUGUACAUUUUCAUCGUUCAAUUCAUCAAAGAUGAGUUCUCAUGGAAAAGCAGAGACCGACAGGCUCCGAAAAAAUCUGGAAGAACAAUUGGAUCGGCUUGUCCAACAGUUGGAGGAUUUGGAAGAUUGCAGAGUUACUCUCGACGAGACAGAUUAUCAGGAAUCCAAGGAAGAUACAAUGGAACAGCUCCGCGAGUUUAACGAGAGUCUACAACGAAUGAUAUCUGGAGAUAUGACGUUAGUUAAUGAACUUGGAGCAAUGCAAUUAGCUACUCAAGCAGCUAUCAGUGCAGCCUUCCAAACACCAGCUGUAAUAAGAAUGUUUGGUAGACGCGAGCCUGCCGGACUCAAGGAACGUCUCUCUCAAAUCGACCGUGACAUAAAAUUAGGAAAGUUAAACAAAGAGGCCGCUGAUCGCCAACGUGGAGAAAUAUUAAGCGCUUUGAGGCAACUUGGAGAAAAAUUGGAACCUUCUGAAUUACAGUUAUUGGAGCGAUUAUCUUUAAAUAACGUAGAUACGACUAGAUAUGUACAAGUUACUGAAACAGCAAAAGAAGGUAAAAUGGCUUUAGAUGUAGUCGGCAAGGAAGUCAGAGCUACGCAAGAUACUUGAACUGUACAACAGAGCCAUGUAACUGCUAUUAUAAUUCGCCAUAUUAUUUUUAAUUUGUCACUACUACACUAUUUAAAGCAUUUUUAGUCAUAAUGUAUAUCUAAUAUAAUUUUUUUAUAUUUAAAUUCCUUAUUUUGUUCUCUUUUGCUCCAAGUUGUUGUGUACUUUGUACAAUUAUAUUACUUGAUAUAAUCACAUUCAAAGCGUUUCCACUGUUCUGAGUUAAAAUAUCUACAUGUGCAAAAAUACAUGUAUAUUUAUGAAAUGAACUGCUUCAAAUUAUU